AUGCCCCUCCCCCCUGCCCCCUGUCUCCUCCCCCCUCUCCCCCGGCCCCUCCCCCCCGUGCUCCUGCUCCUGUGCUGCCCCCUGCUGGCCGUCCUGGAGGCGCGGCCGCUGGUCCUGCACCCGAGCGUGAACGUGGCGGUGGUUUUCUCCGGAUCCAGUUACCAGGGAGAGGUCAAAGGUCGUCUGAGCGCAGAGAACUUCGCCGACCUCCCCGUGGCGGUCGCUCCGGUUACCGUCCUCGUCAACGACACCAACCCCCGAGACCUGCUCACGAGGCUCUGUGGGACCAUGGCAACGGAGAGACUGCACGGGGUGGUGUUCGAGGAUGAUGUGGUGUACGGAGACGACGCGCAGGUGGCAGAAGUGGCUCAGAUCCUGGACUUUCUCUCCACUCAGACGUCUCUCCCGAUCGUCGGCAUCAGCGGAGGAUCAGCUGUGGUCAUCCCCUACAAGUCGGAGGGCUCGUCGUUCCUGCAGAUGGGAGCGUCUCUGGAGCAGCAGAUCCUCUGUAUGUUUAAGCUGAUGGAGGAGUACGACUGGGGCGAGUUCUCCGUCAUCACCAGCUUACUUCCGGGAUAUGACACGUUCGUCGACAUUGUGGAGACCUACACCGACUCCUCCUACUUCCUGUGGAGCCUGCAGGACGUGGUUACCAUGGAGAUGUCCGUGGGCGCCAACGACAUCAAGACGCGACGCAUUCUGCAACAGGUGGACGCUCAGGUGCUGCUCGUCUACUGCUCGUACGAAGAGGCCCAGUACUUGUUCUUCCAGGCGGCCGAGGUGGGGCUGAUGGGACCCGGGUACAUCUGGAUCUUACCCGGGAUGGCGGUGGGUAACCCGGACAGCACCCCGCCCUCCAGCUUCCCCGUGGGCGUCAUCGGGAUCAUCACGGAGCAGUGGAGGAAGAGUCUGCGGCAGCGCGUCAGAGAGGGCGUGGCCAUCAUCGCUAAAGCCGCCGACAGCUACAGGAAACAGCACGGGUUCGUACCGGACGGACACGCCGACUGCAGCGGAGCGGGAAAACACAACAGCACCCUCUACAGGCACAUGCUGAACGUGACCUGGGAGAGAAAGGACCUCUCCUUUAACUCUCAGGGUUUUCUGUCCAACCCCUCACUCAUCCUGAUCGCCCUGGACCGAGACCGGCUCUGGGACAAGGUGGGCACAUAUGGGCGGGGCAUCCUGCAGGUGCGGUACCCGGUCUGGCCCCGGUACGGGAGUUUCCUGGAGCACGUGAGCGACGACCGGCACCUGACCGUGGCCACGCUGGAGGAGCACCCGUUUGUGAUGGUGGAGCAGGUGGACCCCGGCACCGGCACCUGUGUGAGGAACACUGUGCCCUGUAGGAGGCAGUCUAACCGCACUGAGAGUGUGGUCGGACACUCGGAGUCGUACACCAAACUGUGCUGUAAAGGAUUCUGCAUCGACAUCCUGAAAAAACUCUCCAAAACCAUCAAGUUUUCCUACGAUUUGUACCUGGUGACCAACGGAAAACACGGAAAACUGGUGAGAGGAACAUGGAACGGCAUGAUCGGAGAGGUCGUGUACCGCAGAGCAGACAUGGCCAUCGGCUCUCUCACCAUAAACGAGGAGCGCUCCGAGAUCAUCGACUUCUCCGUCCCCUUCGUGGAGACGGGCAUCAGCGUCAUGGUCGCCCGUAGCAACGGCACCGUGUCGCCCUCCGCCUUCCUGGAGCCGUACAGUCCGGCCGUGUGGGUGAUGAUGUUCGUCAUGUGCCUCACAGUCGUCGCGAUAACAGUAUUUGUAUUCGAGUACUUCAGUCCAGUGGGAUACAACCAGAGCCUACUCCGAGCCAAAGCUCCCGGGGGUCCCACCUUCACCAUCGGGAAGUCGGUGUGGCUGCUGUGGGGGAUCGUCUUUAAUAACUCCGUCCCGAUCGAGAAUCCGAAAGGGACCACGAGUAAGAUCAUGGUCCUGGUCUGGGCCUUCUUCGCCGUCAUCUUCCUCGCCUCCUACACCGCCAACCUCGCAGCGUUUAUGAUCCAAGAGCAGUACAUCGACACUGUGUCCGGGCUGUCAGACAAGAAGUUCCAGAAGCCUCAGGAGCACUAUCCUCCGUUUCGCUUCGGGACGGUGCCAAACGGGAGCACGGAAAGAAACAUCCGCAGCAACUAUCCAGACAUGCACACCCACAUGAUGAAGUACAACCAGAAAGGAGUGGAGGAGGCCCUGGACAGCCUCAAGACCGGUAAACUGGACGCGUUCAUCUACGACGCGGCGGUCUUGAACUACAUGGCGGGGAAAGACGAGGGCUGUAAACUCGUGACCAUCGGCAGCGGGAAAGUGUUUGCGACGACGGGAUACGGGAUCGCGCUCCAGAAGGGAUCCCGCUGGAAGAGGCUCAUCGACCUCGCUCUGCUGCAGUUCCUCGGAGACGGGGACACUGAGCGCUUGGAGACGGUGUGGCUCUCUGGGAUCUGUCAGAACGAGAAGAACGAGGUGAUGAGCUCCAAACUGGACAUAGACAACAUGGCGGGGGUUUUCUACAUGCUGCUCGUGGCCAUGGGGCUGAGUCUGCUCGUCUUCUCCUGGGAACAUCUCCUCUACUGGAGACUCCGGCACUCGCUCCGCAAGAAGCACAAGGCCCACUUCCUGCUCGCCAUCAGCCGAGGCAUCUACAGUUGCUUCAGUGGCGUGGAAGACACCGGCCGCUCCUCUGGACUGGCGAAACCCGACCUGACCACCAACUACGCGCAGGCUAACAUGCUAAAGAUGCUACGUACCGCUAAGGGCCUGGUCUCCACCGCCAACGUCGAGAGCUCCUUGGACAACGCCACCAAAACCAUCGAACACUUGAGUCGCCACGGCAACAGCGGCACUGGCGGCACGAUUCGGCACAACGACGCCGUCCCCAGCGGAUUCGCGUACGUCUCCGAAAACCACACGCCGUUACCGCAGCGAUCGAUAACUCCGCCUUUAGCCGUGCAGUCGCUAAAGCAGCCGAGGCAAGUUACCCGACCGACGCCGCUGAGAUACACGCUCCCGACAAGAUCUACUUCCUGUUUAUAUGACCGUCCACUUCCCGUUUCAAGUUUAAGCAGCCCGCAUUUAGCCGUUAGCGAAACGUUACCGCACCAGUAUCCUUAUAACUACCAAACGACGGGACACAUCUACGUUGACAACCAAUCGCAGUCGCCGUAUCUAGGUUAUAACGAGCUACAGGUACCGGAUAUCUACGCGUCUCACCCGGCAACGGUCCCGGCCGAUAUCGCAAGACGUAAACGCAGAUCACGAAGUUUCCAAGACGGCGACCGAAGAGGGCAAGACAAAGUUGAAAAGGUUUAUUUAAGUGAACUCAAAAGCAGCCAACUCGAAGCUAACCACAUUUCGGCUCCUAGCGUCGACAACAUCUAUCAAAGGGAAGCAGUUUGCCCGCGAGUGGAUAACUAUUGUUCGUGGCCUCCUGAAGAUCUCGUUAUCAGGGGAAGACGAAGGCAACGCAGACCUUCGUUUUUGAAAGCAACUUGGGGCAGCGAACAGAUCCAACCGGUCGACGCAUCGCAGUCCUCGUUGUCCGCGUCCAGCCAAGCGCUACCUGAUUUGUUCCCCUGCAUUGUCACCCAAACAACGCCAGGAAAAGCCUACCAGAUCCGUAACAACUUGUGCUUACCGCGGAACCAAGCGUAUCUCCACAUACGGGAAGACCAACGGAAACCGAACGGACGCAAGGGACAGAAGCUGAGGUAUUCGCAGUCCGCGCAUUUACCGACGUACGGGGAGGCGAUCCGGCAGGGGAGCAGCGGUCAGGGCGCGGUCAGGAGGGCGACUAGCUUGCUAAGCAGACAGUACGCGCAUUAUUUGAACUCAUACCCGGGCUUGCCUCUGUACCACGGACCAUUGGAUUUGCAGCGGCACAGUCAGGAGUGUCAGCUGGUGGCGUGCGGCGGCAGCCAGAGGGCGCUGUUGUACGCGGGAGGGUACGGAGGGUAUGGAGGGUACCAGGGGGCGGAGGCGACGGCCGUACCCGCGGGAGGAGUGGCGACGGCGGGGAGCCCCUGUCUGCUGAAGCCGUGGAGGAGAGUGUCCAGUCUGGAGUCGGAAGUUUGA